AUGUCAUUUGCUUUAUCAUUUGCAUUUACUAUGCAUGGUUAUAUUGGUAAUUUAUACGUAUUAGGUUUAAGUAUAGUAGUAGUAUUAUUUAAUAUUAUUGCAGAAGCUACAUUCUUAGGAGAUCAUACAAUAGCUGUUAGAAAAGGUUUAAAUUUAGGAUUUAUAUUAUUUGUAUUAUCUGAAAUAUUAAUUUUCGCUGCUAUCUUCUGA